AUGGAUCGAGCAGCUCUCAGACUGAUUCUCUUGAGCGUCUUUCUCAUCUCAGCCAGUUCACAACCUGUUAAGAAGGUGAGGGUCAAAUCUCAGAUUAAGAUGAAGAUGACGUAUGCAAAUGGUGGAGUUGCUCGCAGGAUUUAUGAAGAUUCGGACGCUGAUCUGCAGCUGCAGGGCUUCUAUGAUGAAGUUGCCGACCCUCUCCUCACUGAUAUUCAACUUAAAUACACAGGAGGAACAAACCUUACCAAGACCAGCUUUAACCUGUACUUCAACGGCUCUGAGAUUGUGGUUUCAGGACAAAUCACAGACAACAGUGUGGAGAGUUUCAGCACUGAAGUCAUUGCAGUAUCAAAAGGUAAUAAUGUGACGUAUCAGGACACUGUAAUGAUAAAAGACCCCAGUGAUGUCCCACCUGAGAAUGAAGAUUUCAUGCAGAGACUGUGGGCCUACCUGACAGUGAAGCAACUUCUGGAAAGGCAGUAAGUUUAUGGAGUGAUACGACAUUCUGCAUUUUCAAUUGGACAUUGAGGACAUCUUUCUGUCUCAGGGUGCUUCUU